UGGUGGGCGGCUGUCUCCGCCUCCGCCGGUGAAGGUGAACAUCUCCUCCAGGCGGCCAGCGAAUUUGCAUUUUGGGGAGCUGCAGCUGGUGCUGCUGCUACUGCUUGGGGCUCCUCCGCCAUGGUUCCCGGAGCAGGAUCUGUCUUUGCCGCCGUUCCCCAGGCUGCCCCAGUGGCGGUUUUCCAGCUCACGGAAGAUUUUCGCAGUGACGAGGAUCCUCGCAAGGUCAAUCUCGGAGUGGGAGCUUAUCGCACAAAUGAAGGACAGCCAUGGGUAUUGCCAGUUGUCCGGAAAGUAGAAAUGAUGAUUGCCAAGAACAUCGAUUUGAAUCAUGAAUAUCUACCUAUUCUGGGUUUGCCAGAUUUCCGUGCCAAUUCCUCACGAAUUGCACUAGGAGAGGAUAGCCCAGCCAUCAAAGAGAGCAGGGUGGGAGGUGUCCAGUCCUUGGGGGGCACUGGAGCUCUCCGUAUUGGAGCAGAGUUUUUGAGACGGUGGUAUAAUGGAACCAACAACACAGCUACCCCUAUCUAUAUUUCUGAUCCUUCCUGGGAAAACCAUAAAUCUGUCUUUACGGAUGCUGGCUUCAAGGACAUCCGGAACUAUCACUACUGGGAUGCAGCAAAUAGAGGUCUGGACAUUCAAGGAUUCCUUUCUGAUUUGGAGAGUGCUCCAGAGUUUUCCAUCUUCAUCCUCCAUGCUUGUGCUCAUAAUCCCACUGGCACAGACCCCACUCAGGAGCAGUGGAAACAAAUUGCUGCUGUUAUGAAGCGCCGGUUCCUGUUCCCAUUCUUUGACUCUGCCUACCAAGGCUUUGCCUCAGGUUGCCUGGAUAGAGAUGCCUGGGCUGUACGCUUCUUUGUAUCAGAGGGCUUUGAACUCUUCUGUGCCCAAUCCUUCUCAAAAAAUUUUGGCUUGUACAAUGAACGAGUGGGAAAUCUGACCGUUGUGGCAAAGGAUGCGGAUAACGUGAAGCGUGUCCUAUCACAGAUGGAAAAGAUUGUCCGUACUACUUGGUCUAAUCCACCAUCUCAAGGAGCACGAAUUGUGGCUACGACACUCACCACACCAGAGCUUUUUGCUGAGUGGAAGGACAAUGUGAAGACAAUGGCAGAUCGGGUCUUGCAGAUGCGGGCAGAACUCCGGUCUCGGCUUGAGGCUCUAGGCACACCAGGCACUUGGCGUCACAUUACAGAGCAGAUUGGCAUGUUUAGCUUUACUGGCCUCAACAUUAAGCAAGUACAAUACCUGAUCAAAGAGAAACACAUCUACCUGAUGGCUAGUGGCCGUAUCAACAUGUGUGGUUUGACCACAAAGAACCUGGAUUAUGUUGCUAAGUCCAUCUAUGAAGCAGUCACCAAAAUCUAGGAACUCUGAGAUUGGGCAUUGCAUAUAUGUCACUUCCAUAGUAUUUUAACUGUUUUUAAGACACAAGCUAUCACUGUUAGGGGAAAAGAAUAGCCAAGACGGUUGGGCAGAGAGGCACUGCUUAACUUUUCCGCAUUAUCAUUUUUAUGCUUAAAAUCCCCUUUCCUCUCCAAAACUGCUCAUUGUGAAUAGGAGAAAGAAUAAAUAUUGUUAUCUUUCCAUAUAUAUGGAAAAUUACCUGGAGGGGAAUUGAUAAUUGUAUACAUGCAAAAAAAAAAAAAAAAAAAAA